AUGUACUUCUCACCUGCCGCAAUCCUUCUCGGCCUUGUGGCCCUUUCCGCGGCCACUCCCACUGGUGUCAAGCCCGUGGUCAAGAGAGCCCUCACUGCUCGACCAUACAGCCAAUUCCAGGUGUCCGAUGGUGUGGCGGGCAAUGCGCUGGCCGAAGUCAACGCCCAGUUCCCCAUCGACACUUCUGAUCUAGCCUCCGUUUCUGCGGCGGAUCUCAAAAUCAUCAACGAUGCUCGUGAAACAGCGGAGGACGCCGAAACGGGUACGGGCGGGUUCAACGACCAAAUCGCCGCUGCUUCAGGCGCCGAUGCCACGGCGCUACAGAACGGAAAGAUCAAGAACAAGGUGCUUAAGCUGCAGCUGGAAGUUCUGGCGUUGCAGAUCAAGGCUGCGCAAGGAGACGGCGAUCAGGAUAAGAUCGACGAGGAAAUCACCAAAUUGAACAAGAACGUGGCUCUGGAUAAGAAGGCUGCGGGCCAGGACAGUGUUGGUGUGAGUAACACUUUUACUGGCUAG